AUGACCGCCGCAGACAUCGUCCCACUCUGGUGGCAACCCUCGGCCUGGCUAACGGCAGCUCUAGCAUCCCAACCUACCCCAGCGCUCUUCGACCUCUCGAACCGCACUAUCCUCGUCACGGGCGGAGCUCGCGGCCUCGGACUCACUAUCGCCCAUGCGCUCGUUGAAAGCGGAGCGGACGUGAUCGCCUUCGACUUGCUGGAACCCGUCGAGCCAGAGUGGUCCGCCGCUCAGGCUGCCGCGACUUCUGCCGGCGUGACGCUCUCCUUCGCCCAACUCGAUAUCACGAAUGCCGAGGCCGUUGAGGCCGCUGUCGCCGCUUCCUUCGGUGCCGCCCGCCGUCCGGUCCGUGGCAUGUUCCACGCGGCCGGCGUCCAGCUCAUGCGCGGCGCGACAGAGUACACCCCCGCCGAAUUCCGGCGCAUCGUCGACAUCGACUUGACCGGCAGCUACCUCAUGUGUGCGGCGUUUGCGCGCAACUUCUUCAAGGAGAACGGCGACUACGCCGUCGGCAAGCGCAUGGGCUCCGUCGUCAUGGUCGCGAGCAUGAGCGGGCAUGUCGCGAACGCCGGACUCGAGUGCGCCGCCUACAAUGCCGCCAAGGCUGGCUGCAUCCAGCUAGCCAAAAACCUCGCCAUGGAAUGGGGAGGCAAGGGUAUCCGUGUCAACACCCUCAGUCCCGGCUACAUCAGGACGAAGCUCACGGACGACCUCCUCGAGCAGCAGCCCGCCCUAGCCGCCAUCUGGCUCAAGGGCAGCUUGAUCGGAAGGCUCUCAACGCCCGACGAGUUCAGAGGGCCCGCCGUCUUCCUCCUCUCCGACGCCAGCUCCUUCAUGACCGGCAGCGACCUCGUCGUCGACGGGGGUCACACCGCGACCUGA